UCAACAGUUUUGGCGGCCACUUUGAGCGGGAAGCAGAUGGGGGAACCGGUGCUCCCGUAAGCGCAUGAGUGACAGAUGCAGACGCGUUAUUCUUAAUACGAACCGGGUAUUAACAUUUGAUAUUGCACUUAAAUUGUGUGUCACUAAUCAUUCUUGGAGCUACACUUCUGAGAUUCACAGCUGUGUGUUGGCCAAGUGGACCCACGAGUCUUAAGAAAAUUAUUAUGGAUCCUACUCUUCUGCGACAGUAUAAAGGGAAUAAAGAUCGCGUAACGAGCCUUCACUUCAGUCCACAUGGAAAUCAACUCGCAUCUGGCAGUGCAGACAAGUGUGUUAUGGUUUGGCACCUCAACGAGGAGAAGAGAGCUUACAGGUUUCAAGGCCACACGGAUAUAGUCACAGAUGUGAGGUUUGCACCGUCAGGCAAUGUUAUGGCUUCAGCAUCUCGAGAUAUGACAGUUCGCCUCUGGGUGGUUAGCACGAAGGGGGAGUCAAAAUCAUUUAGAGCCCACACAGCAGCUGUCCGAAGCCUCGACUUUUCACCAGAUGGGCAACACUUGGCAACAUCAUCUGACGAUAAAACUGUCAAGGUAUGGUCAGUGCAAAGACAGCGCUUCAUUUAUUCCCUCACCCAGCACACAAACUGGGUGCACUCAAUCAGAUAUUCCCAAGACGGACGUCGAUUAGUUAGCUGUGGAGAUGACAAGUCCAUCAAGGUAUGGGAUGCCACUUCAAAGCAGUGCAUCUGCUCCUGUCCAGAGGUCGGCGGUGUACCACGGCGCGCGGACUUCCACCCGUCGGGUAACUACGUAGCUGCCGCUGGCACAGACGCCGUGCUUCGUCUAUACGAUGUACGCGCCAAGAAACUCCUGCAGGAAUACGAAGCUCACGAAGGAUGUGUGAACGACCUAUCCUUCCACUCUUCCGGUGACUUCAUUGCAACCGCCUCAUCCGACAUGUCUGCUAGAAUAUUUGACCUGCUCCAAGGAAGGCUGGUAUUCACACUGGGAUCCUGCGGAAGACCAGCCAAUGCCGUGUGCUUCAGCAGCUACGAUGGGAAACGGUUUGCAAUUGGAGGGGAUGACAACUGUGUCGCACUGUGGCAGUCCAACUACAGUCGCCCAGAUAAAAGUGGGGACCAAGAGCUUGAUUCCGACAAGAAUUUCUCGAAUGGAAACGAGAAUGUACCGGAGAAAGAGGACGCCGCUGUGAACGUAACCGGCGUAGAGGCGACAGAUAGCUGGCCGUCAGAUAGUGCUCUCGGAAACGAAGCAGUGGACACGCUGAAGGACACGAUUCAGCAGCUGAUAGCUCAAAUAGGACGCAUGACCCAAACGAUGUCCCUCAUGGAGGAAAGGGUGUCCGAGAUCGAACACCGGUUCCAAGACAGCAGUCAUCUCAACAACGAGGAUGCGUAGAUUCAUCAACCGGUGGCAUUGUAAUUUUAAAGCAAGGUGACUGAUCUUCUCAAGCUAUAUUUAACGAAUAAAAUGGUUGCAGUGCGGCA